UUCUUGCUUUGCUUUGCUUGUUCUUCAGUGGUUUUUUUUUCUUCUCUAAAUUUUCUACGGGAGAAAAAUCUUAUCUUGCAUCGAUGAGGAUCAGGAAAAGACAGGUCCCGCUGCCUUUCUCUUCCAUUUCACCAGUACCUCUUUCAUCAGAUCCCAUCUUCAACCGCCCUCCGGUGGCGGUGGUGCAACUCCCUCUACGGCAGCAAGAGCCAUCUCCACCCUGCUUUGAUCCUCAAUACCCUUUUGAAUCUGAUCAUCCAAAUCACCCGAUCGGACAACCACUACCAACCCAAGGCUUUGCUUCAUCUUCUUCCCAUGGAACCACAACACAUGGAGAACAACAACUCAUGAAGACCAAACAAGAUUACUUGGUCUUGAAGCCUGGAGGAGGAGGAGGUAGAGAAGAGAAGAAUAGUGAUACCGGGAAAGGAGAAGAACUAGGAAUUGGGUUUCUUUCACAGUCGAGUUCUUCCAAUCAUCAAGCUGUUGCGAGCAUUGAUGGGGACGGUGAUGAUGAUGAUACGAUAAUGGUGAAAGGUGCAUACAAUAAGAGUAAUGCGGGGAAGAUGAAGAGUAAGGUAAAUAAAAAACUUGUGCAGCAGCAAAGCAACGAUGAAGAAGCGGUGAAAGGGAGCAAAGACGACGGUUGCGGCAGUGCGAAAAAAAGAGGCCGAGGUGGUGGUGGUGCACUGAAGGAAGGGUCGAGGUGCAGUCGAGUUAACGGAAGGGGAUGGAGAUGUUGCCAACAAACACUGGUUGGCUACUCUCUAUGCGAGCAUCAUUUGGGUAAAGGAAGGCUUAGGAGCAUCGCUAGUGUUCGAGGCCGGGCGAAGGAGGAGCGACGGGCUAACAAUGCCGAUCAUCGAGCUCCAAUAACGUCGUCUUCGUCACAAAAGUUAGGAAAGCAAACAAAGAAGAGAGUAGUGAAGCUUGGGAUGGUUAAAGCCCGAUCGAUGAGCAGUUUGCUGGGCCAAAACGACAAUGGCGCCAUUGUAGUAGCUGAUGAUAAUAACUAGUAGUGAGUGUGUAAAGGUUUGAGGUGCAACUGCUCCCAACUUCUUGUUUGA